AUGGCGCAUACAACGGCAAUUCCGCAACAUGUCACUUCCCUCCUUUCACACUUAACAUCGCGUCCGGGAGUUCAGUCCACCUUCAUCCUUUCCCGCAAAGAUGGGUCCAUCAUUCAGAGCACGGGGCUGCUGGCGACGAAACCAGCGGGCAACAGCAGUCCAGAUGUCUCUCAGGCCGAUCCAGUCGCCGAGGAGCAGUCGGAAUCUACUAUGACACCUGUAGAAUCAUCCAUCCCUUCAACACCGUCUAGCGCAACUACCCCUAACCGCCAAACCGCCUACCAACCGUCCCAGGCGGAAGCGCUGGCAGCUCGCAUCUUUGCUUUUGUUUCCAGCGCUUCGGAUCUAAGUGUGUCGCUCUCACGACCCAUGAAUGAAAACUCCCACGGCUCCAAAAUAGAUCCGAACGGUUUGCAGGAAGGGUUAGGCAAUGGAACAUCCCGGGACGAUGGAGACGGGGAGGCAUCGGAGAAAGAGGAUGACGAUGAAGUCAAGCUCCUGCGGCUGAGAACUAAAAAGCAUGAGAUUGUUGUUGUUCCGGAUAAGAAGUAUCUGCUUUGUGUGGUACAUGAUGCGGCGCACCCUAUGGGGAACCCAAGUGCCGGGUUGCGCUCGAGAAUGACUUUCGAUAUCGCGCAGGCCCGGUCUCGCUUUCCUGCACUGAAGCAGGAACAGGUCUUUUUGGAUAAUGCAGCUUACCUCACAAAUACCAAUGUCCAAUUGGGGGCAACAUACAAGACUUCAAAGCUAUCCACCGCUGGAUUUACCAACGGAUACGAAGCAGCGGCGAAGUUCAUCAACGCAAAUCCCGAAGAGAUCUGCCUUGGCGUUUCAACUACGCAACUAUUACACAAUCUCUCCACGGCUUUGAAGUUCCAGCCGGGUGAUGAGCUCAUUCUCUCCAAACUGAACCACGAGGCCAAUUCCGCCGCCUGGGUCAGAAUUGCACAACGACUAGGUUUAGAGGUGAAGUGGUGGUCCGCUUCCAACCCUCAGAACCCCGUCUGCGAUCCGAAGGAGUUGCAACAGUUGAUCUCGGAGAAGACGCGACUCGUAGCUUGCCCGCAUGCAUCGAAUAUCCUUGGAUCUAUCGUGGACGUCAAGGAAAUUGCGAAGAUCGUGCAUCGAUACCCUCGGGCCCUGCUCUGCGUGGACGGCGUUGCACUUGCGCCUCAUCGACAAGUCGAUGUCAAAGAUCUCGAUGUUGACUUCUACGCCUUCUCAUGGUACAAGGUCUAUGGACCCCACAUCGCGCAGUUGUACGCCUCAUCGCGUGUCCAUGACCAGAUCGACUCCCUAGGACAUUUCUUCAAAGGCACGGACACCCUCGACUUGAAGCUGAACCUGGCAUCCGCCAAUUACGAGAAUGUUCAGAGCAUUCCACGAGUAGUCGAGUACUUCGAGCCUGAUGUGUCUGCAUCGUGGGAAAAGAUCGCCGCUCAGGAGGAGAAGCUGCAGCAGAUCGUCUUGGAUUUCCUCAACGCGAAUGAUCGGGUCACGGUCUACGGAGAGCGCUCUGCCGGUAGGAACCUCCGUGUCCCCGUUAUUAGCUUCACGGUGCGGGGUACGAAAAGCCAAAGCCAUCGAUUGAUCAAGGACAUCAUUGGUUUGGACGACGUUGAGGAUGGGGUUGUGCGGAUCAGUAUGUUGCACUAUAACACAGAGGAAGAGAUGACCGGUUUGGUCAAGGUUUUGGAGGAAGUUAUUGCGAGCUUGUAG